AUGAGCGACGAUAAGAAGACAGAUAAUCAUUCGGUCGAAGCAGGUUCCGAGCCAUCUCAGGCGAUUUCUAUGGACAUUGAUAAAGUAGACACAACCAAUGGAGAACAGGAUAAUGGACAGGAGUCGCUGCAAAUGUCACUUCCCAUGUCGAAGAUCAAAAAGAUUUUCAAAAUGGACCCCGAUUUCUCAGGGGCCAGUCAAGGAGCCGUUUACGCUACUGGAUUGGCAACAGAGUUGUUUGUUCAGUACUUUGUUGAACAGGCUAGUUUGAUGGCUAAAGUGGACAAGCGUAAGAAAAUUCAGUAUAAAGACUUUGCGAACGCUGUUAGCAGUCAUGAUGCUUUAAACUUUUUAGGCGACACCAUACCCAAGACAUACCCAAUAGGAGACCUAAUACAGAAGAAAAAGGUCAAUACGAUAGAGUCUAUUCAACAGAGACCGAGCAAGCCAGUAGAGGACAGCCAGAAGAGUUCAAAUGCAUCAUCCCCUAAAGUUUCGUCAAAACAAGAUCCAGUACUCCCCAAAGGUCAACAAAUUCUCAAUUUUGGUUCCACAUCCAAGAAAGAAACACCCGUGAAGAAAGCAGGAAUUAAUGAUUUGGUUUCCGCACUGAACGAGGGUGAUAUACAAGAUGUACAAGACAUUGUAAUGAAAGAAUAA